UCACGACUCCGCCCCCGCCGGAGGGGCUCUGCUCGGAGAUUCAAGAUGGAGUCGCUGAGUCGAGCAGGGCAGGAGAUGAGCCUGGCGGCCCUGAAACAACACGACCCCUAUAUCACCAGCAUCGCAGACCUCACGGGCCAGGUCGCUCUGUACACCUUCUGCCCCAAGGCCAACCAGUGGGAGAAGACUGACAUAGAAGGGACCUUAUUUGUCUAUCGAAGGUCAGCUUCACCUUACCAUGGUUUUACCAUUGUCAAUCGACUAAAUAUGCACAAUUUGGUUGAACCAGUGAAUAAAGAUUUGGAAUUUCAGCUCCAUGAACCGUUUCUUCUGUAUAGAAAUGCAAGCUUGUCAAUAUACAGCAUCUGGUUUUACGACAAGAAUGACUGUCACCGCAUAGCAAAGCUCAUGGCUGAUGUGGUAGAAGAGGAGACACGGCGAUCCCAGCAGGCUGCUCGAGAUAAACAGAGUCCUAGCCACGCCAAUGGCUGCAGUGACCAGAGGCCCAUCGACAUCCUGGAGAUGCUGAGCAGAGCCAAGGAUGAGUAUGAGAGGAAUCAGAUGGGCGACUCAAAUAUCUCCAGCCCUGGAUUACAGCCAAGUACUCAGCUCUCCAAUCUGGGAAGCACCGAGACUCUAGAGGAGACACCCUGUGGGUCACAGGAGAAGUCUGCUCCAUCUGGACACAAACAUCUGACAGUAGAAGAGUUAUUUGGAACCUCUUUGCCAAAGGAACAGCCAGCAGUUGUGGGUCUGGAUUCAGAAGAGGUAGAGAAGUUGUCAGGAGAUGCAUCCCAGAAAGAACCCAGCUCAUUCUUCCCCUUUCCCUUUGAACAGUCAGGAGCCCCUCAGUCUGAGAACCUGGGUGUCCACUCCACCACUCCCCACACAGUCCAGCCUGAAGUUGCCACCCCGGUGCUAAUCACUCCAGCCUCCAUCACACAGUCUGGUGAAAAGCAUGCCCCGAGCUACACAAUUCCCUUGAGCCCUGUUCUCAGUCCCACUCUGCCAGCCGAAACCCCUACCACACAGGUUCCCCCCAGCUUACCUCGGAACAGCACCAUGAUGCAAGCAGUGAAGACGCCUAGACAGAAGUCUCCACUCCUGAACCAGCCAGUCCCUGAGCUAAGCCACGGAAGUCUGAUUGCCAGCCAGAGUCCUUUCAGAGCCCCAGUGAGCCUGGCAAACACAGCUGGCACAUCCCUCCCAAGUGUUGAUCUGCUCCAGAAACUCAGGUUGACCCCUCAGCAUGACCAAAUACAGACACAGCCACUUGGAAAAGGUGCAGUGGCACCCAACUUUUCAGCAGCUGGCCAAUUGGCCACCCCUGAGAGCUUCAUAGAGCCUCCCUCUAAGACAACAGCAAGAGCAGCAGCCUCAGCCUCCCUGAGCAACAUGGUGCUUGCUCCCCUUCAGGUCACAGGCCCUCCAUUGGUUACUGCAACGACCACAGCAGUAUCCUCAGUCCUGCUGUCCCCCAGUGUAUUCCAGCAAACAGUUCCCAGGUCUACAGACCUUGAGAGGAAAGCAAGCUCCCCUUCUCCCCUCACUGUUGGAACCCCAGAAAAUCAGAGGAAGCCUUCCAUUGUUCUCAGCAGGUCUCAGCUCCAGGACACAUUGAUACAUCUAAUAAAGAAUGACCCCAGCUUCCUCAGCACACUUCAUGAAGUUUACUUGCAGGUUCUGACCAAGAGCAAAGACAACCACAGCCUCUGACUAGAGUGAAGUCUGUCUGAGGGAGGGUCAGCCUCACGAGCAAGCAGACUUCAUCAUGGAAAACAGCUUUCUGAAAGGAGCUUUGAGCUUUGAGAAUCUCAAAUUUGAGCCUAUGAGAGAAACUCUUUCCUUAAGGACAUUUUCUAAGUGUCGUUCUCAGUGAUGAUGGAGGUUGCACUGUGAAGCAUCACCAGCAGACCUUUGUUUUGACAAAAACAAAAAAGAUCAUUGUGUUGAGUUGGAGGCUGUUUCAUCAGCUAUAAGGGAGUAUGUGGAUAUGGAGUCUGGUUUUCGGCUUGCUUUCAAGGCCCCUGGGAGGAGCCCCCAGCCUUGCAGCAGAGCCCAGCAGAGCCGGCACUCUCCCUCUCCUGCCCCUAAAAGCUGUCAACCGAACAGCUCCACAAAGAAGCUUCAAGUUUUAAGGAUUAACUGGAAGGUAUUUGUUCAAAUGAAGUAUGUUUUCUAUGAGCACCCCCAUUUGGGCCUUAAAGCUUCUGGGAUUUCUUUGUGUUUUGUUUUAAGUGUUCUAGUCCUGCCAUGGGCAGACUUCACAAAGUGGCUGUUUGAGUAGAGUCCUGCUGGGCUGUGUGCUGGAGGAGGCAUGGUGCCUCCACAGCAGGCACCAGCUGGGGCCACACAGAUCCAGAGCUUACAGAAAGCUCCAUUUUCAGUCAAACUCUCCAGUGGUUUGCAAGUGUUAAGUUUGUGUGUGAAGCACAGCCUUAUUUUCCUUUUCUGUCUAAACACAGUUAGAGGUCAUUGUUGAUUGUUUUCCUUAACACUUUAACACAAGGACCAGAGGACCAAUUUGACAAAGCUGUUCUGGUUCCAUUCCUCAGAUGUGCUGAGAGCAGUUUUUAAGCUAUGCAGAAAAGGAGCUGUUACUCACACUGCCCUUACUUUGUAGUAGAAUAUGGAGUUUAAAAAGAAAGUGUGCGACUCAAACUUCACCAGUAUGUUCCUUGGCUGUGAGAGCUUUCCCAGCCCAAAGUGUGAAAAUAUGUAAAGAUGCUUUGUUAUGCUGCUAUUGAUCUGCCACAAUUUAUAUUUAUUCUUUUAUGGCAUGUAAUGGUGUUUAGUAAUAUUUUAAUGUAGAAUUUGAUUAUUUCAGCAAUAGCAAUUUUAAGAUAUUCUUUGAAUGAAAAGUGUCUUCGUUUCAAUGACACAGGUCAUUUUGUAGUAUUUAACCAAUUAAGAUGCACUGCUUACUUUUCUGAGCACUAUUUAAUGAUGGGUAAGAACCCAAUUGGCUCAGCCGGCUAAUGUAAGGAUUAGCUGUGAAUAAUGCUGACAGUCGUGAUAGUUCCUUGGGAACAAUCAUUUAAGCUUUAAUGGUAACUCAAUCAUAAGUUCAUCCAAUUUCUUUCUAGCUGGAAUUUUAGAAAAUUACUUAUGAAUUACAGAUUUUAGUUUGGUCUUAGUUUUUUAGCCUAAACAGUACUUUGAUGGGCCUGUGCUGAUCACAACAUGCCUCCUGACAACCUUUCUGCUUCUCAGUUCAGUGUCCUCUCUCACAGUCUACCUAGUGUGUGUGAAUUGUGCAGAAUUCAGGGAAGCUUAGACUUUUCAUACUCAAUUAGGGAUAGUUUUCGUGAUAGUAUGUAAAUUUAGCAACCAAAAAUGAAUUGCUCGAGCGUCAUCUAGGAAAGACAAAGCAGUAGGCAUAAUGAGUGCUGCUGGCACAGGAAAUGGUCUCAUAAAAUGAAUGCACCAGCCACCAGUGGGUUGACCACAUCCAAGUGUGGUCUAAGUGGACGCCAGUAAAAUGAUGAAUCAAGGGAUUCUUACAGUGGAUAUUUGAAUUUAAGUGAUGCUUUUAAGUAUGUAUAAUAUUCUGAGAGAGUACAGAGCGGAUGUCCUAAAGAGCUUUCAUAGUCAAAUCUGUUACUUUCCACCCUUCAGUCCUAGGAAUGAAUACGAUAAAUGGUAAAGGCUGAGAAGGCUUCCUUAGUGUGAACAUAAACUUUUAAGUGCCCAAGUGAUGGAGACUUGAAAAGGGUAACCUGUUUCAGCUCCCAAGUUUAUAUAUUCCAAGCAUUUACUUAAAAUUCAGAAGCCAGAAGUUCCUGGUCAUGAUUACAAGGAUGUCAGGCCAGAAUGAGCCCCCAGAGAGCCAGGCCAAGCCUGGGUGGUGGCAGUUGGAUGAGCCUGGCCUGAAAGUCGAUUCCGUUGCCUUACUCCUUGUUCAGGCUACUAUCCAGACCUCCUGCUAGCUUAGGUUGCAUGUUUACAUUGUUAUGGUGUCUUUGCUGGAACCUUUGCUGAACUGAAAGGGACAUUGGAGUUGCUUCUUGCUAGGUUGGCAGAACCUGAGGAGACCUGCAUCUAGACCACUCUGCCCAAUAGAACCCAUUUCAACCCUCUCACCCCUACAGUCCAAGCGUAGGAGGUCUGGAAGGAACAGCCCAGAGUUUGGGAUGCCACAGUGUGUCUGAGGUGUUACCAGUGGGUGACGCUGCUCUUGAUGUGGUUAAUGUGAUGUCUUUGAAUGGAUGCCCACCCAGCCAUCCCCCAAGACCUCUCAGACCGCUUUGUUCCAUUUGUUGUGCACCUCUCUUGGAGGUCAUGGUGUGUGAUGGUUGAUCCACUUGACCUGCUUGACUUUAGUCCUUAUUUCAAGUGACCAUCAGUAUCAGGAGAAGCAGUUCAUGCAGUCUGUGGCUUACCUUGAACAUUUCGUUCAGAACCCAAGUCAAGACCCUGGGCCCUUCUCUGCAGGAGGAUACAUAGAUUUAGUGUAGAAUAUCAAUAACCAGAUUUUGCAUGUGCAAGCAUUUGUUCUGUUUCUGGCCUGUAUUUUCUUACCAGAACUAUAAAUCCCAUUGAAUCCACUACUGAGUAAGUGUUUCUAAACCAUGCAGCUUUAUUACCCCCUCCCCCCUUCUGUGCCCCCCCCCCCGCAAAGAAUGUAGUUGGAAAUUUGAAAUUUUUCUCAUUUUGGUAAUAGAGGCCAUAACUGCCAUUGUAUCACUAGUAAUGCAACAUGAAACUGAAGGUGCCUAACUGCUUAAAAACAAAAUCAGCACCAUACUUGUAACUCAUAGAGAAGUGGGAAGGGGCGUGGACACAGGCAGACACUGUUGCAUGGAGAGGACUGAGGAAUCAUGACCCGAGACCUGUGUCCUUGCUGCACACCCCAUGUGGAGCCUGUGUUUCUUCCUUGCCUGCCUUUGGUUUUCUUGAGUUGUGUUCAGAGCACGUUCUGGAACCAGUAGUGCCCUGUUUGCAAGAAUCUAAAAUGUUAGGGUCUGAUCAGAGCAACUUACAGUAGGUCUUUUAAAGCUGCGCUUGGGAGCAUUUCCAAGAGUGGGCCAGAGCCUCAAGAAGCUGGGUUUGGUUUUACUUUGUUUGCUCACUUACUUGUUUCAGCAGAUUUCAGCAGGAGAGACGUGCGAUGUUUCACCCAGAUUCAGAUUUAACAUCUUUCUUAAAAUGCUACGAUGCAAUAUCGAUCACUUUGAAGUGGGAAAAAUGCAAAAUUGUUUCCCCGUUUUGCCCGUGUGAAUCUGUAGGAGACGUGUUUUUAAAGUAUGUGUUCUGAGUGGUCUUUCGCUCUAUAUUACUACUUUGGCCACGUGGCUCUCAUGACUUCAUUCUACCAGGUUCUCCACUCUCUGGACAUGGGGACGAAGAAUUCUGACAGUGACAUUUAUGUUCCAUGAGCGCAAUACUGCGUCAUUAACAUUUUUAAUGGUAUGGAUUUUUUACCAUCUGUGUAUGUUUGCAAAUAUUAAGUUAUUACAUGUUUUAAAAUGAGCAUUUUUCAUCCUAAAUUUUAUAUGUUUGCAAAUAUAUUUUUUUAAUAAAAUUUCAAAAACCAAGUUUU